GAGCAGGCCACACAGCUAGCUCAGCUCGUCUCUUUCCCUUCCAUUCCCGUGCUCCCUCCAACGCUAGCUUGUCCGCCCACCACCGCGGCGUCUCAUCACAAGCUAGAGCGGCAGGCCAUGAUGAGCGGUAGGCUGAACGUGGCCACGUCCGCCGCGGGCGACGACUUCCCGUUCGCGCCCAUGCAGCAGCCUCCGCCGCUGCCCUACGUCGGGUUCGAGCACGGCGUGGCGGCGGGCGGUGGCCAGCGCUCCGGCGGGAUGCAGCACCACCUCUACGACGGCCUCGACUUAGCCGCCGCGCUGCAGUUCCAGCAGGAGGCGCCCCACCACCAGCUGCUCACGCUGCCGUCCAGCCUCGCCCCCAUGGCGCCGCCUCCCUUGCCGAUGCCGCUGCAGAUGCCCAUGCCGAUGCCAGGGAUGCCCGGUGACGUGUACCCGGCGCUUGGGAUGGUGAAGCGCGAGGGCGGCGUCGGCGGCGCGGAGGGCGGGAGGAUCGGGCUGAACCUGGGCCGGCGGACCUACUUCUCGCCGGGGGACAUGAUGGCGGUGGACCGGCUGCUGAUGCGGUCCCGCCUCGGCGGCGUGUUCGGGCUCGGCUUCGGCGGCGCGCACCACCAGCCGCCGCGCUGCCAGGCCGAGGGCUGCAAGGCCGAUCUCUCCGGCGCCAAGCACUACCACCGCCGCCACAAGGUCUGCGAGUACCACGCCAAGGCCUCCGUCGUCGCCGCCGGCGGCAAGCAGCAGCGCUUCUGCCAGCAAUGCAGCAGGUUUCACGUGCUGACGGAGUUUGACGAGGCCAAGAGGAGCUGCCGGAAGCGGCUCGCCGAGCACAACCGCCGCCGCCGGAAGCCGGCCAGCACCGUGGCAGCCAAGGACGCCGCCGCGCCGCCUGCCAAGAAGCCCAACGCCGGAGCCAUCACAAGCUCCUACACCACUGAUAACAAGAACCUGAGCACGACCAAGUCGACCAUGUCGUCAAACACGAGCGUGAUCAGCUGCUUGGACCAGGGCAAGCAGGCAAGGCCGACUCUGACUCUCGGCGCGUCGCAAGACAAGGACCACCAGCAGCUCAGCACCAUGCUCCAGGUCCAAGCCGCCGGCCACCAUGACCAGGGGCAGCACUUCAUGACCUCUCUGCAGGUCCAGAACUACCACAACACCAAUGGCGGCAGCCACAACAACAACAUCUUGUCGUGCUCUUCGGUGUGCUCCAGCGCGUUGCCAUCGGCCAACGGCGAGGUCUCAGAUCAGAACAACAAUGGCAACAACAACAUGCAUCUGUUCGAGGUGGACUUCAUGUAGAUCAGUAGAUGCAAGCAAGCACUGGAUCGAAUACUACUGGCAAGGUGUCUGUCCUGCUUGUGUGUAGGUAAAAGAAAAACGAGAGAGAGAGAGAGAUCAGAUAGAGCAAAAAAGGAGUAUAAUUUCCAGUAUGCAUGCAUGAACUUCAAUUCUAGCUACCAAGUGAAGUGAAGGGGAGAAUACAAAAGGAGAAAAGGAGCAAGGAUUCCAUCCACAUCAGCUGCGGCUAGCUGCAGGCUGGUCUAGCGAACUCUUGCAUGGCUACUAUAGCAAAGCCAUCAACCUUACCUGUACUGCAUCUGCAUCCAUCCAUGCCUUUCUACCUUUCCAUUUUAGUGGGGAAUAAUUUGUAUUUCCUUUCCAGUCGUUCUUGUUGUUGCUGCAAAGGUGAGGGUGUACUAUUUACUAUUACCACCACUUGUUUUACUGUCUCCAACAAUUAACAGAGAUGUGACUAGCCCGCUCCAAGAUUUAGAAUUCCAGGUCCCAACACAUUAUAGCUUCAUAAUCUUUCUGAAUCUUGCCUAGCUACCUUGCUUCAAUUCUCAUUUCACAACGCAACUAUGCAAGCAGUCAUUUUUUUCUUUGUUGGUGAUGAUAGCUAG